AUGCAGCUGAACAAUCUGAUCAAUAGUACUCUAUCUGGGAUGCCACAUAAGACAGAACACGACGGACAGGUGCCCGACUUGGCCUCAGCUGACCACAGCUCAACCAUCGCCUACGGCCAAGCAGUCCCACAGCCUCCGAUUCACCAAACAGUUCAACAGACUCACUCCACACGUCUCCUGCUGCACGAGGGAGAGUCCACGGACUCGCACUCCGAGCCCAACACCCCUCAACCACCCAGCAGCCAGUCAUCUGAGUCCGACACCAGCGAUGACGACCGACAAUCUGUUUCCGAUAAUAUUCCAUCUGAUUCCAGUUCGGGACAUCAUCCCUACAGCUCCCUACCCAACCAAGACCCCCCUACAAAUCCAGUAAACUUCUGGGAACAGCAUGUCUCAUCUGCCAAGAUCGCCUCAAGUGGUUUGGCUCACCCCAAGCCAGUGCGACUCACCAACGGAUACCCGCCAAUGUUUCCACCCGGUUCCCUACCCUGGGUCAACAGUACACCCUACAGCCAGCCCUUCCAGCACCCAUUUAACUCAAGCCUUAUCUCAGGAUUUGCAUCAGAUCCCAAACCACAAAUGCCACAAGUCUCUACAGAAGAAAAGGUCCCGUCUGAAUCCAACGAUAAGCAGCCCCCACAAGAGGAGUCACCCGUCCCGACAGUAAAAGCAGAACCACAUCUCCAAAGCCAGGCUGAUGCUUUGAGUUACUUUCUGAGUGAGUUCCCGAAGUCCAUGGACAGUCAACCGAACCUCCAGCACCAGCACAUGGUUUCCAGGCUCCACGACCAAUCAAAACCACCAGAUGCCUUCACUGCGAGUCUACCGUCCAACGUUCCAGCUCAACCAACACCAGAGAAGCGGGAUCCCGUCAACCCAUCCAUCUUCUCCAACAACAUCUUCAUGUCGCCCAGUUUCUUCACCCAGCAGAUACCAGUAGGCAACACGCAGUUACCUCCCUUCUCAUCAUCCCCAGAUUCAAACCCGAGUCCAACAUGUACUGGGAAGGAUGACUCUGCUAUCGACGUCAACUCCAGUACUGACUCUCCAUCCUCAUCCAUUGAAUCCAGAAGUAGUCCCGAGCUCACCACAUCACAGCUACCCUGUAUGGAGGACUCUAACUCCAGUCUGAGUGACACCUCCUUGAUGAGAUCCAGGUGUUCAUCUACCAGCUCCAUCUGCGACACCUCCAUCUCCUCCACGGCAUCAUCCUCGUCGUCUACUGGCGCCCCCCAGGAGCAAGAGGCCCAACCCCGACCCUGA